UGAAUCCAGUCGAUGAAGGUGAUCUUUUGCGAUGUUUUGAUGCCUCGCGAUCAGGGGAGUCAACGAAAAAUUACCGUUAGGCCACUCUUCGGUCUCACUCCUUUCAGCCAAAAACAGCAAACAGCAAAAACACGCCAAGAAUCACACUAGAAACCAAAAGAAGUCGAAAAGUUGUAUCUCUCACAAGCUCAAAACACGGACCACUCGCCUAAAACAAACCGACGCCGACUAAGGUGAAGCAGAGCAUUAUAAGGAGUCAAAAAGUGCUCGAGGCUUAAUGCGUCAUAAUCAUGUCAUGAUCCGAAAGCCUUCACCGCAGUAACACGUUACAUAAUACAACAUUACAACGAAAAGAAAUGCUUUUAAAAUAUAAAUGUAAUAAAUAUCCCUGAGUUAAGCGUAUGUUAUAAAUAUCCCUGAGUUAAGCGUUAGACGCUAAUGGUUGUAGUUAGCAUUCCGCGCUAGUUUAUUUUAAAACACGAGAAGCGGUUGUCAUAGUAACAUAUCUCAACACAUUUCAAUGGUUUACAUUAAACGUAGAGUACAAAUGAUCAAGUCUCUAGUUUCUUGAUAUCUCCAUAGUUAUAACUUAACUUUACGUUUUUUCUUGCAACCCGUUUCUCAUUAAGAGUUCCCUUUAUUCCAUAGCCUAUAUAAUUGCAAUGUUUAUAUAUACUGUACGUUUAUGUAUAAACGUUUGUUUUUAUUUCCAUUAGGCAGUCAUGGCCUUAAGGUAAGAGAGUGGGACUCCUGAUCAGAAGGUUGUCGGCAACAACUGAGGUGCCCUUUAAGUGCUCUGGGUGUACGUGUGUUCAAUACUCACUGGAUGGGUAAAAUGCAGAGGUCACAUUUUGGGUAAAGGUCACCAUAUCUGACAAAUAGGUCACUUUCACUAAUACAAAUUCAAGGGUUUAAGGGUUCCCUUAAAGGAACAGUUCACCAAAAAAUGACAAUUCUGUCAUCAUUUACUCACCCUCGACUUGUCGAAAUGAUAAAUCUCUUUGUUCUGAUGAACGCAGAGGAAGAAAUCUGUAAGAAUGCUUGAAACCAAACAGUUCUUGGCCACCCCUGACUCGUACAAUAGGAAAAAUUACAUUGGUUGUCAAAAGUGCCCUACAUUCUUUAAAAUAUCUUCUUCUGACUUUUGUGUUCGAAGGCAGUUUAUUCUACUAUGGCAGUCAAUGGUGGCCAAAAACUGUUUGGUUACAAGCAUUCUUCCAAGUAUCUUUCUCUGUUCUUAUCAGAAUGACUAUGGAGGGUCAAUAAAAGACAGAAUUUUCCAUUUUGGGUGACAGUUCUUAACUUAAGUGCUUUCAUAUGCGACCGGGCAUUGACCUCAUCCAGCGGAGCUCCAGGAAAUGACAAAAUUGUCUCAGUAAAACAGACUUAUGGUAUCAGAAACUGAAUCAUAAUGUUACACAGUCAGGUCUUCCAAGCAUGCGUGGGCACACAUCGAACUCACAAACUCAUGUGUAGGUUUUGUACAGACACCAUGUUAACAUCUGACUUUUUGCCCCGGAAUGUAUCCAGUAGUCAUUCUUUAGACAGCAGGAAUUGACCAGACCCUACACACAUCAGGAAUACAGUUGACUUUGUUGAAAAACCCUGCUAUUUAGACUCUGUGCCAGAGCUGAAAAGAGAUAUGAUGCCUCAUAUGCAGCAAUGUGGCUUCUACGUGUCACAGGUAAGUCUUAACUGAAACAGCUCUACCCUUUUCAUUUACACCCCGUUGAGGGACGUAAUUCACACUAGAUGCUGCGCUCGAUGUUCUGCAGGACCCGUCUGGCACCAGGGCUCUAUUUCCAGUAGUACUGAGGCUGCUUGGAAACGCAUUCCUUUAGUACUCGUUCUCUCUUACUUUUCGAACAGCCCGACGGCCUGGAAACCAUUUUAGAUGUCAUAUUAAUGAAAAUAAAACGAUAGUGAAUACCACUUGACAUAGCAGGGAUUUUUAACAGCCACUUUUAUAAGCACGAUAACAAGACUGAUUUUCAUGACCUGAACUUGCACUGUUAAAAUGAUGCAUUAUGGAUAAUUGUUAUUUUAUGUGAUCAAAAAUGUGUGAAACAUUUUAUAUUAAGCUUAAACAUACUCAUUACAUUUUUGUUUAGCCUACAUUAAGUUGUCUCUUGUUAGUCUAACACAUUCGGGCGGAUACAUAUGAUAGUUAUGCUGAUCUAAAGCCAGCUAUUUGUACUCUUUGUGCAAUGACCCUUUGCAAAAGUAAACCAUACUAGGGUACUAUUUGCACUAUAGUCACCACGAAUGAUGGCCUCAUCACCAUCACCAUAACCGUAGUUUAACUAUACGGUAUGUGACCCUGGAUCACAAAACCAGUCUGACACAUAGGCAUAUCUGUGGCUAAAGCCAACAAAACAUAUGGGUCAAUGUUAUAGAUGUUUCUUUUAUGCCAAAAAUCAUUAGGAUAUUAAGUAAAGAUCAUGUGUCAUGAAAAUUCCCUGCCAUAAAUAUAUCAAAACUUAUAUUUUGUAUGUAAUAGACUAUACUAAGGAGUUCAUUAAGACAACUUUAAAGGCAAUUUUCUCAGUAUUUAGAUUUUAUUGCACUCUCAGAUUCCAGAGUGUUAGAUAUUUACGUAAACAGAAUAUCUCCGACUACAACCUGCAUAUUGAAAGCUGCACGGUUACUCCAGCAAAUACAGUUAAAGAGCUAGGCUUUAUAUUAGACGGCAACCUGUCAUUUAAAAAUCAUGUCUCAAAUAUCACAAAAACAGCCUUCUUCCACCUUAGAAAUGUUGUCAAAUUACAAAGUAUUUUAUGUGUUGCUGACGCAGAAAAGCUUAUUCAUGCAUUUGUGACCUCACGGCUUGACUAUUGUAAUGCUCUACUUAGUGUUUGUCCUGUAUCAUCGAUAAACAAACUACAUUUAGUUCAGAAUGCAGCUGCCAGAGUUCUUACUAGGUCAAGAAAAUACGAUCACAUAACCCCAGUUUUAUCAUCGCUUCAUUAGCUACCCAUUAAGUAUCAUAUUACAAUUACUUACAAAGCCUUAAACGGUUUAGCCCCUACUUACUUAACUGAGCUUUUAUCCCAUUACAACCCAUCACGCUCUCUAAGAUCUCAAAACUCAGGACUUUUUAAAACACCAUAUCUAAAUCCACCAAAGGGGGUCGAGCUUUCUCAUACGUAGCACCUAAACUCUGGAAUAGCCUUCCUGAUACUAUUCGAGGGUCAGACACACUCUCCCAAUUUAAAUUUAGAUUAAAGACACAUCUUUUCAGCCAAGCUUUCACUUAAUGCGUAGUUAAUGAACAGCAGCUACGCUAAUCAUUCUCUUUAUUCUCUUUCUGCCUCUGCCUCGGGAUGCCCAUCCCGAGGUAGGAAGUAGUUCCACCAUGUUCAGACGACCGACAGAUGCCCAUCCCCAAUUUGAGAUUACUGCAGCUACAGCUGCAGACUGACUGACCAUCCCAGCUCCAUCUAAGGCAAUUCCACCACCAGCCAAGAGAAAUAUGACCGUCGGACCAUCCCAGCUCAGACCACUACAUCCCCAACCAAGGGGGGUGUUCAUGGGCACAGUGCGUCCCAGUGAAGCACACUGCACUAUGAUCGAGGGGGAUAUCGGCGUAUUUACACUCGGUCCGACGAUGAUCGACCAAAAAGAUCCAAAACAUCUCCCUUUCCAAAAACUUUACUGCAGGAAUGGAGGAUACCAUCUCCGCAUCCAACCCAACGGGACCGUGGACGCGAGCCGACAGGACAACGACGUUCACACUAUUUUGAAGGUAAAAGCUGUAAAGGCAGGAGUGGUGGCCAUCAGGGGUCACGAUACUGGACAAUACAUUGCAAUGGACAAAUCGGGAAAACUUUAUGGCACUGGUACAUUAAAUGAUGAAUGUUACUUCAUUGAGAAGAUCGAGGAGAACCACUACAACACGUACUGUUCACAGAGGCACCAGGAGAAUGGAGACUGGUACAUGGGGAUCAAGAAGAAUGGACGGACAAAAGACGGCUCCAAAACACACAAGGGCCAAAAUGCAAUCUACUUCCUACCAAUCCCAGUGGAUGGCAGCAUUUACACUUCUGCAGUCACAAGGGUCUGCAUCCCAUGCGGGGUCGCCUCCUCUGAGGGUUUGAAGCCGUCCUACGGCUGGACAUCUGAUCUCCCGACUAUUACUCUGGUCCUCCGCCUCUCGGUGGCGCUACCCGACUCCAGCUGACGCUGCCGUACACUGGGGUUUUCCCAGUUGCCCUUGCAGUCUACUACCGCCCUCUGGAAUUGCUGGGACUUUCAUUCACGGAAGGCGGUGAAAUCUAUUGGUCUUACUACUGAGUGUACCUGUGUUCGUGCCAUAGGGAUCUUUGUGACCUGUUGUGUGUGCUAAAUAAAGAUUUGGAUCAUUCUACCUGCAAUUGAGUCUACUUCGUUGGAG